UGUUUGUAGGAUUUGGAGAUUGUGUAUUCUUAUUUACAUGGAAUGGAAGCCCUGUCUAAUCUGAGAGAACAUCAGCUAAGACUGAUGUGUGAAACUGUUAGAUACGAAAGACAUGAAGCCAAUGAAGUUCUGUACUACCCUGACGAUAUUGGAACCUGUUGGUACAUCCUGCUGUCUGGUUCAGUCUUCAUUAAAGAGUCUAUGUUUCUUCCAAGGAGCAGCUUUGGCAAGCGAUCCGCAGGCAGCUUCAGGCGGGGCUGUGAAUGCAUCGUUUUGGAGCCAUCUGAAAUGAUUGUGGUCGAUUACAUGGAUGAGAAUGAAGAGUAUUUUCAGCGCCAAGCUUCUCAUAGGCAAUCACGAAGAAGAUUUAGGAAAAUCAACCAAAAAGGGGAGCGGCAAACAAUUAUUGAUACCGUCGAUCCUUAUCCCGUGGGGAAACCACCUCUACCUAGAGGCUACCACACGGAAUGCACUAAACCUCAGGUAUUGUAACCUACUGUGUAUGGUCCACUAACAAAUUACUGGUGGGUUUUCAGUG